ACACUCACACUGUUUCGAAGUCGUUCAAAGCGAACGGUGGUGCGUGCGCGUCCGGCGUUGUUUCUUUUCCUUUUCGUUAGUUCAGCAAAUCGUGCCCAAACUUUUGGAGUAAAAAGUAGUUAUAAAAAAAGCGGAAAAUCGCACCGUGCGGGUAGUUAGGUUGUCCAAAAUUAUUGUUUCAACGGUGCGUUGUGGAUCAAAACGUUCGUUUAUCGGUCAACUGCGGCAUAAUAAUACGAUGGUGUUUCCUUGCGUUGCGUUACAUGUGUGUUGUUUGUAGUGUGUGAUAUGAUUUUGUUUCGGGGUUUCGGGGUUCGCGGUUCGCUGGUGUGAAUGAAGAGCCUUCUCAAAGCUAAACGUGCUUCCAAAUUGUGAAAUUGCUUCACCGCCAAGCCACCCGAGAGUGCGGUGGAAAAAGCCUUGGCAAUCGUGAAAAAGGUGUGUGUGGAAAUUGCGUGUGUACCACAUGCAGCACAGCUGCUGCUGCACUUCUUUGGCUGAAGGUUUUUUCGGUUGCUGUGAUGCAAAACUAGGCGCAGAAGGAAAGGUUGCGUGAAGAAAGCCUGAUUCGUUCGACUGGUGCUCGGCUCCGUGGAAAGGAUAUCGGUGUAGGCAGGAUAAUAAAGGUGUGUACGGGGUGCAGCUGUGAGUUCAAGGUCUUGCAGAUUUCGGCCACUUUUCUCCCGUUCUCCUUCGGCCCAUCGUUCAAAGAAUCAACAUCUUCGGCUGAAUACAAAUGGACCAGAGUUCGUGAUUCGACUGGAGAUAGUUUUUCCGCGAGCGUAAAGUAAUGCUUUCCUUGCUUCGCUCGUCGUGACAUGCUAGUGGCGAUUCUCCGGGGUGUACGGAUGAAAUGAUACUGCUUCGCGGUACGUGAAGCGUGAAGCAGGCAAAGCCAGAAUACCCUGCUUGCGAGCUGCAUGACGCAGCCGUUACUACCGCCUUGUUUGGUCUUUCCCACGAUAUGAUGGAGGACGUAAAUCAAGAAUGUACCGUCGCUGAGGUACCGACCGGCGGAAACGAUGAAACGCGACUGAACGGUGAGGUGAUGGCGACUGAGGAGGCCGAAGAGCUUGAGGUGGAGCAACCGGAGAGACUCACAGGUCAGGAUGUCGACUCGACCAAAUCUUCCAUGGAAAGCUCCUUUACCGUGACCGAUUGCAACUGCUCGUCGCUGAUCGAACGCACGGACAAGCUGGACGCGAAUGAGCUGCAGCUGGACGCGAAGGUGACCGAACUGAUCGAGGAUCUCAUCAAGCCGCACGAGCAGGAGCGUGGCGUUGGGUGCGAGGAAAAGUUUAAAGUUCUCACGAUCAACGACGAGGUGGAGAGUGUGGCCAGCGGCACGGUGACGGUCGUGGGGGGCAACGGGGACGGCAGUGAUAGUGGGGUAGAAUUUGGCGCAGGAUCCGGUUCCCUCACCGAUACCGGGGUGUUGCAACGUGCGCUGAGCAACAAUAGUGCCGGUUACGCAAGCAGUUGCUGCGGUUUGGACGGAGAACCGGCCGGCAUGAGCAUGUCGUGCAACUCGAGCAUGAUAAGUUACAGCUCGGAUAUCUACGACAAAGCUGGCAACACGGUGCUGUGCGGACGGCUGAGUACGGAUUACUGUGCGAGCGAGGGCGGUAGCGAAAGUUCUUCCGUGACCGGUGGACCGGUGAGUUCGCUGCGUAAGGCAGGGCCGGUGGUCAAGAAGAAGGUAGCCGUGAAGGAACCACCCCCGAACCGUUCCCCGAGGAAGUCAACCGAGAGUGUGUCGAGCAGCGGACGGAGCAGUUCCCGUUCGCGAGGCUCCUCGUUGGGCCGGUCGGUGUCGUUGAAUUUGAAAACGAUUCCAACGUCAGCGGCGAACGUUGCAGCAGCAGCUGCGGCUCGCGAGCGGGCUCGUUCGAGGGAUAAAUCAGCUUCAUCGAGCACCGGUGUUUGUCCUACCGGCGGCGGGACACCUUCCUCCAGCUCCAUGUCGAGCAGCAUGAAUCGCAUUCUUCAAACACCGACCAAACCGAUGCCACCGCCGAGACGUCCACUGAAACCAGACUCCCUCCCGACGGGCAUCAAGGACUCGCCGUCCGGUCAGCGAGUAACUGUGUCGCGCACUCCGUCCGUUACCCGUGGACGCACACCGCUAGGAACCCCGACGGACGAUGGCCGGUGGCCGUCGGUUGGCGGGAAGGGUGGGAUCAGUUGCAGCGGUGGCAAUACGACACCUCGUUCCAUGCGAGCGAGCUCAGCCGCACCGGACGGUGGAAUGUCCGUCAAAACGCGCAUCGGACCUUUAUCGCUGGACGGGAGCGGUAGCAACAAGAUGGCAAACAACAACAGCAACGGGUCGCCUAUGAGCCUGCCCUGUGGGGUGGAUAAAUUUGCCACCCUGCCCCGACGACGAAAAGAACGCUCGGCGGAAGAUCUCAAGGCCGGGCUGGUGGGUGGAUCCAGUUCGCGCAGCAAUUCAGUGACACGCGAUCAGGUCUCCAAUCGUAUGGCUAUGUCACUGUUUAAGAAGCUGCCUGCCAACGCCAAAACGUCGGCAGAAAUGGGAAGUUCAAACAAAAUGUCCUCCCUGGCGGCUUCAUCACAUCCCCGGUUGGCGUCGUCCGCGAAGAAGAUGACGCAGAAGAUAAAGAUCUACCACGAAACCAGUGUCCAGACGGCCAUCACCUGCAAGGAUGUGGAGGAUGCGUUCGGAGGCAAUGCACGCAAUGUACGCAUCGAUGCCGUUGAGAUGGUCAGCAAACAAACACAGUCCGACAUCCGGGACAAGGAGAUGGAGCGGUUGGAGGAGAAGCUGAAGAAGGUGACGGGCGAAUAUACAUCGCUCAUGUCGAAGCUGUCGGAGAAAUCGCAGAUGGUAACGUCUCUGGAGCAGAAGCUGCUGGUGGAGCGGGAAGAAAAGCUGGCCGCCCAGAAGGAACUGCAGAAUAAUACCGAUCGCGUGCUGGGAAUGCUGGAAUCGAUGCAGGCCAUCCCGAACAGCGGCGACUCUGGCGAGUGUGAUAGUUUAUUGAUGCUGGAAUCACAGCUGCAAAUGUCCGGGACGGUGUUGGAAAAGAAGCAGGAAGAGAUCGUACGGCUGCAGACGAUCUGUCGAGCGCUGCAGAUCGAUAUGGAGCGAUCGCUCAAGAACCAGGAAGAGUUGCUGCGCCAGAAGACUGAGCUGGAGGAGGAAUCGAGCGAAAUGCAGGACUUUUUGCAGGUCGAGAAACAAUCGUGCAUGGAUGCGCUGAAGGAUGCCGAGCAGGAAGUGAGCAUGCUACGGCAGAGCUUGCUGCUGAAGGAAAGCAGCAUCGAUCGGCAGCAGGAAGAGUGUCGUCAUCUAGUCCGUAUUGCUGAGCAGAGGAGACAAGAAUACCUGGGAAUGCAGGCCAAGUACAAUGCGCUGGAGAGUCGUUCCAAAGACAUCCUGCUGCAACAAGGAGCUGCCGUGUCCGGAGCGUCCGUUGCGCUGUCGGGAUUGGGUUCACGGUUGGACAAUCUGGUCGAACAGUUGAUAGCUUCCUACAACAUCUCAGAACAGGAUCUCGAGGACGUAAUCUACCACAACGAAGCGUACACAAACAGUGCGAGCAGUGGUGAUGGCAGUCCGGAAUACGAGCAAACUGCUGACGCUUACUCGGGCAAACAGCACCAACAUUCGCUACAGCACCAGCAGUACCAUCCGCAACAGUCCUCGGAUUCGGCAUCCGUCAAGGGUGGCAGCGCCAAGUCUGCCGUGCCACUUUCUCCACAGCGUGGCCAAUCGUUCAUAGCGGCGGUAAUUAGUGCUAUCAAGAACGCAACCAGUAAAACGGCUACCACAAAGACAGCGGCAACCGCCUCGAACGGUGCGAACGCUGCGAACAAGGAAUGUCGGGAAAAUAAUGGCCAUGAAUCAGAUUCAACGGAGAUGCUCGAUUCGGAGACGGAACCGUGCCUAAUGAUGGACAAUGUGCUGGAAGACGUGACGAUGCCGGAUUCGCAUUCCCACAACAUGGUUUCUUCCUCUACCCGUAUCUCGCAGAUCGAAAUGCCAUCCUCACUGGAGAGUGGUGUAGGAGCUAACAGUAACGCCAUGACGAUGGCACACGACGAAUCGCUCGACAACCUUUCGCAAGCCAUCGCCAACCGGCAGCAGAUCGAGCUGCAGUCGAACAUGAUCGCUAGUGGACGGUCGUCCCGAUUCCACCAUUCGGUUAGCAGCAAUGAUCAGCAGCAGCAGCAGCAGCAGGCGCGCAACACAACGUCAGCGGUAACGUCAGGUGCGGCCGCUGUAACGACAGCACCGGACCAUACGACCGCCAGCCAUUCCUCGUCGCUGGACGAUGAGGAGAACAGCUGCUGCGGCGAGGCGUCGAUGGCGGAAAUGCCUUCCAUCUGCGAGUACUGCAAUGCACAGUCGCUCGUUGAUCAGGUGAUCGAUGUGGACAAUCUGAUCACGAAACUGCUGAAGGUUCUGCGGAUCGUCCAGAUGGAUAAUGAUCAUUGCAUACAGGAGCUGAUCAACCACAAAAACAAACUAGCGAUCUCAAACGAGGAGGUUCAGGAUCGUGUGAAAGAGUACGAGGAGCUUAACUACAAGCUGCAGGACGAUCUGAAGGAUGCCUACCAUCAGCUGCAGAUGCGAGGAAGCGAACUAAACAGUAACAAGGUUGAGUUACUGAAGCACCGCAAGGAAAUCGAUAAAUUAAAUGAAGACAUUUGCCAGCUAAGCACGCUGUGCAGUGAUAGCAAGCAGGCGAAGAAGAUUGUGAUCGAUCGUGAGGAAAUCUUGAACGCAUUUAAGCUCUGUAACGAGGAUGGUGCCGUGCCGGAGCAGGAAUUGUCCCAGUUUAUCGUUCAGGCCUGCACUGAGAUUCCCAAACUGAAAGCAAAAUUGUUCGAAAAGGAGCAACAGUUGGCCACGAUGGCAAGCAACGCUACAAAUGGUGCCAGUUUCGUGAUGACCGCCAGCUGGCACCAGGCGCUGAAUGAAGCGAAGCGACAGUAUGAAGCAAUCGAUCGCGCUCUAGAGACCUUGGACAGUGUCAAGUCGAUAGUGCAGCAAACGCCCGCCCUGAAGGAGUUGCAGCGCGAUCUGGAGGAAACCAACUUUGCUUCGGCCUCCAGCUUCCCACUCGUCACGGCCGCUCAGCUUAAUCAGCUGAACUGUGGCCAGGCCGGUACGAACGGUAAUGGAGCCGGCGGUGUAAACGGAAAUGGCGUGAUCGAUUUGAACGCCAACGAAACGACGCUCGCGAAUGAGGCGGGAAGUGUUGCGGCCGAUCCGAGCUGCUACAUUGAUUCGACUGCUUAAUGUUAAUAGACCAGUACAGUAGAUAGAGCGUGAUUUAUUUAUUAUGUUUUCUGUUCGUUUCCUUAGGCAGCACUCAUGUGUAACAUUUGUUUUAUCGUAAUUCAUUCUUUUUGGCCCAUUUGAAAAAAGGCUUUAGUGGCAGUUGUUUGGUUGUGUCCUUCUUUUCUUUUGUAUUAUUAGUUUUCAUGUUGUACGAUCCGCAACAGUUGAUUGCAUUUUGUUUGUUUAGGUUAAUCGAUUUAUCGAAUUUUGCUAAAAAAAUAAGAAAACUAAUAAAAUGUCGACCCGAGAUUAGAGAGAUUAGAGGAAAAGUAUAGAGCAAGGGCGAUCAUAAACAGUAGAGUCCCGUUCUAGUUAAAUGCUAAUGCGUAGGUUAUGAUUAUGAUUUGCCGUUCUCCGUACUACAUAGGCUCGAUCAUAGUGUUAAAGCAAGAGACAGAGCUAAAAAACAAGAGUAGAAAACCAAUUGCGCAGCAUGUGUUACUAGCGACAGAGAUAAGGUGUUACGAUAAUAAUUUAUUUCCUAAACGCAUUUUGAAAUAGACCUUGCAAAACUUCCUAUCUAACACUUCGAGAAGGUAGGAGCAGCUGUUAGCCUUCGUAGAGUAGAAUAGAACCUGCGUGCUAGGAAUAAAGCAAAGGAGUAACAUAAAACGGUCCAUUAGCAGUCCCACUUGCAGCAGCACCACGUCUACUGUUCUAGCCAUGUGCACGCUCGUACGCCCUGCAAGGUAAUCAACCAAGCGAGCGAUGACACACUCUCCGUUGAUAGUUCCAUGCCGUACGGUUUGUUAGGUGUAGCAAAUAUGAAACACUUCUAGAAUUCCUUCCAAUUGAGAUUAGCUAGUUAAGAAAAUGGUUAGCAAACUAAAAACCUCCCAUUGGCAAAGCAGAGUUGAAUUGAAAACUGAUUUUAAAAAGGAAUUGACUGGUGGAAGGAUGUGCGAUGUCCACCGGGCACAACGGAAAAAACAACAACCAAAAGCCUUUAUAGCUCACGCUCGUCUUGCUCUUGUCUACACCACCACACAGCCACCACCACCAAAACUUCCGAUGGUUCUGUUUUUGUUCGAUUGUUUCAUUUGUUUUUCUCUAGCAUUUAUUAUAGUCUUUUCUCGGUGUAGGAGAAAACGCAUCUAUAUAUAAGCUUCGCUGCUGAGAGUACACAUUCUAGUUGGUGUCGUUUCGUCCGCUCGACAGACGCAGAAAGCCUCAGCUGUCUGUGUGAAGAAUUGUUAUUUUUUACGGUUUGUUUUCGGUUUUUGGUCAAAAUUAAUGCCAAACAUGGUUGCUCCCGGGCCCUUCCUUUGUAUAGUGUGCUUUGUACAUAUUUCUGCUGCAUAACUCGCUGCUAUCCCAUUUGAAACCGAAUGAUGUAGACGUAGUCUUUGCAUUAUACUUUUAGUUUGGUUUUCUUUCUGUUUUUUCCUUAAUUUUAAGUUGUAUUAGUUUGUCUAGCUUGGUUAUUGUAUUUUAAUCAGUUCUUUACACCUUUUUCACUUGUUUUGUGUAUAGUAACGUUUCUUUUCACUAUCCUUGCUGCUCCGGGAUAAUACGUUCGUUUUGGCACUGGUGUUUGAAACACAAAAAAAGGAUUUCUCUUGUAUGCAACAGCACCACACACACACUUACAGAUCACCCUUACUAACUCAAAAAACGAACUGCUCUUGCUUUCACACAGUUUGCACGAUGUAUCAAACUUUACAGAAAACAAAGAGCAAACAAUAGGAAGAAUAGUAAACAGUGAACCCCCACCCCCACCCCCAUGUGAUUGUGAUGGUGUAGACAAGACACGAAGAGACAGAGAGAGAGAGAGAGAGAGAGACGAAAACACGAAGAAACAAAAACUACCAAAUUUACACUGCUUGCUACCCGGAACUGACCGAAGCGGGAAUUAAGCUGCUCGAAAAGCAUUACGACUGCUAACGAUCGAGAAAAAUCGUUUUUUAAAUAAGUCAAGCUGAAACACGUCCCCCCGGGGUUUCGGGGACAAAGCGAAAUGCGUUCGAAUUUAAUUACAAAAAUAAGCCUAAACGAGCCAAUUGAACAGAUACGAAGCCUUUACAAGCAAACGCCAACAGUAUGGAAAAGGAAUCUUAAUGUUAUGCAUCCCUACAGAAAGGAGCGAACCCCACUUGUCCGUAAAGUAAUCGAACAGACUAGAAGGAAACGUACUGCGAAAGGAGCGUGAAAAGUAACCAAUCAGUAAUCAAAAUAUGCCAUUAGCAUGAGCGAAAGAGCGAGCGGGACGAGCGGGCGUGAGAUGGACAAGGCGCGAAAGUAUUGCGAGUAAUGUGUUUGUUGGUAAGCAUGUGUAAGUAUUGCAGUGCUGAAACUUUAAAUAGUGUUUUAAGUAACUAAGUAAGUAAUAACAACCGCCGCUCUAACGCUGCAAAUAGUUGGUAUGAAUACAGCAAAUACUUGGCAUUACUCAAACUUUGUACGGUUUGCUCGUCGAAUCGGCUUGCGAUUGAUAACGUCCCAACAAAAGCCCAACUUUACCCAACUAUUUUGUGAAUAAAAGUUAAAUGAAGCGUA